AUGAUCGACUCUCAUAUACACUUGGGCAUCAACGAGCCUCGUCACAAUCGAGUCUACUACUGGAGAGAGACGGAAUGCUCGCCUCUUGUUACCCAGCGUGGAUAUUCGAGAUUUUUGAACGGUAGUGAGGCGCAGGAGUUUGGCUGGGACGACGAUGUGCUCAUCAAAUACUUUUACGGGAACAUGGACUCGAACAACUACACCUACAUCUAUAACACUUAUGGAGAGAGCAUGAAAACCAGUUAUUCGACCUGGGCUAUUCACUCUAUGGCCAAUUCGAACGAUACUAUUUGGCGCCCGAUAGACGCUUUAGCUCUCGACCACAGAGAUGUCACACUGUUGUUCAUCGCGCCCAACUCAGUCAUCCAUCUUGAGCCGAAUAACGAUCCUGUUUUUGGAGCUAAUAUUCCAAUAGAGCUCGGGGAUGGCGAUGUAGCCUACCGUCCUGACCGUUAUGUUAGCCCCAUUGCUUGUGUGGACAGACAUCGAAUAUGCAACCCCAAUAACGGCGUCUGCACCGCGCCUCGAGGCGGGACGGAGACCAUUCGCAGCGCUAGGGGUCAAGACAUUGGUCUCAACGCAGUCCAGCUGGCUAGUGUAGACCGCAUUGGAUUCUAUUUUGCGGCUUCAACCUUCAAUCAUCUAAUCUGGACACGCACGCAAAGCUUCUUGAAGGCACAAGAGCUCGUUGCGGACCUCACGCAGAUGGCACUGCCAUCGAAUCAGUGGCAGAUCGAAAUGGAAUCUUUGUUUGCCGAGAACCUAGCCAAAUUGCAACACUAUAUGUUGGAAUACGUGUCAGGUCCCUCCUUGGCCGUGCGUGGCACGGUCGGUAAAGCCUGGGAGACUACCGAGGUUUUCUCUGAGGCUGAAGAAGAUUACCAAUUAGCACACGAGGGUAUGUGCCACAAACAGAGAAUCAAAGACUCGCAAGGGACGAUUAACUUCUCUGUCGUUGGUCUUUCUCUGCUAUUGGGUCUGGGCACAGUCUUCGUUGCUUUCUCGUAUUUGCUUGAAUUCAUUACACAAUGUUUCCAGAAAGUAACAGGUCUUGGAAUAGAAAAGGCGAAGAGAUGGGAGCGUGAUGAGAACUUGCAGGUCAUGCGGAUGCUGUUCGAGUUGAAAGACGCCGGUGUAUGGAAGGGUUCAACAGACUCCUUCCCCACAACUGAGUCAAAAGACGUUUUUGAGUAUGAUGGAGACUGUCUGGGUCGGAAUCCUCGUUGUUCGACGCUGGUCCAUGAGAACUAUGGUAAAAGUUAA